UGCUUGAAAGCCGAACGUAUACGACGCCAACAAGCAAAUAAUGAUGAAGCAGUGAGGAAACAUGCUGAAAGAAAAGCCAGAAUAUUAGCACAAUCACAGAAUACUGAAAACUUAUAGACUACAUAUUAUAUUAUAAUAAUGGAGUACAACAUACUUAAAUCGAUAGACCUCAAUGAAAAAUCUAUUUACAAAUCCUUUACAGAGAGAUACUUCAGUAAAAGAUAUAUACUUGAUGUGAAUGGUAUUAAGAACAAUGAUAUUAUGUUGUUGUUCCAUUCAAACAGAAUAACAUUACUAUGCCUAGCCCCAAGUCAUUUCUUUUUUAAACGAGAUGAUGACUACAAAUUGAACUUUACUAUCGGUAAAGUAGAUAGAUUAUCUAACACUGUCAAAGGCAAAGGCAAGAAAGGAGGUCAAAUGUUGACCCCACAUACAGCCAUCUGUAAAGUUGAAUGGAGUGAUAAUACAAGUUUUGAAAUACCUGCCGGAAUGAAGGGUUUCCUUGUUGAAAUCAAUGAGCAACUGGUGAAGAAUCCCAAACUAUUAAAAGAAUGCCCUAAUUCUGAUGGAUUUAUAGCAAUUAUGCUAUCGAGUAUCUCAAUUUCUGACUCAUUGAAAAAGGAACUCCUCAACCACGAAGAGUAUUUAAAAAUUAUAAACAGUAGUUGUGAAUAGGAAAUAAAUAAUUUAGUUUUGUA